AUGGUGUACUGCGGCAGACCUAGCAAGGGCUGUGCUCCGUGCCGGGCCAAGAGAACAAAGUGUGACCAAACUCGACCGCAUUGUGGCCAAUGUCGAAGGGCUCACAGAGAAUGCCCAGGAUACCGGGCCGAGCAGGAUGCGGUUUUUCGCAAUGAGACCAGCAAAGUCGUGGCCAAGGCUCAAACGGGGACGAAAUGGGAGAUUAGCAUGCCUGUAUCUCCAAUACGCCCUAUAGAACUCACGGGAGAUGGCGAUGUCAGGAAUCUUGCCAUCGAUUUCUCCGCUGCAACUGUCCAAAUGGUAGAACGCACAAAGGUCACUAUCCGAACCCUCUCCGUUCCACUAGAAGACGAGGCUACCUACUAUUUCUUCCACAACUUCGUCCCUGCGGACCCUGCCUCUCUGACAACGUAUUCUGACGUGCUGCCUACGGUCUAUCGGCAAGACUCCUCCUUCAAUGCUCUGCCCAAGAUCAUCGAAGCCAUAGGCUUGGCGGGCAUCUCGAACGUGAAGCAGGCGCCGGAACUUAUGGUCGCGGCGGGUCAAAAGUAUGCGAGGGUAUUGCGUGCCAUCACUGCUUCCAUUCAAAAUUCGAAAGAAGUAAGCACAGACCAGACGUUGAUGGCUGUUAUGCUGCUCGGUUUGUUUGAAACUGUCACAUGUUCAAAUCCUGAGUCUAUGAGGUCUUGGACCAACCACGUCAAUGGAGCUACUGCGCUAGUGCGCCUACGUGGAACGGAUCAAUUGCGAACAAAGGUUGGGCGCAAACUUUUUGACAAUCUAGUUGUUCAGAUUCUCAUCGACUGCCUCCAAAGGCGUCAAAUGAUCCCUCCGGAUGUCAUCGAAUGGGCUGAGAUUGCUGCUGAAGGUGAAACCAAGAAGGCGGUACCCGAGAGGCAGCUAAUCCAAAUAAUUGGGCGCCUUUGCGCUCUGCGAGCUGCUGUAGAUAGACCAGAAACCAACGACAUUGGAGUCGCCACACUGGCGAAUUUUAUUGACUCUGAUCUGGAAGAUUGGAAGAACAGCCUUCCACCAGCCUUCUCUUACUCAAUUAAACAGAGCCCCAACACCGAAGAUGUCUUCUCCCACACGUAUCACGUCUACAAAGGCACGUGGGCCCUUUCAGUCUGGAAUGUAUACCGUUGCGCUCGCAUCCUCACCCAGCAAGUGAUCACGGCUUGGCUUAGUCGCAACUCCAUGCCGAAUCCAGCACUUGACCAAUCACAACGACGCCAAUCCAAGGUUCUGCUUGCAAAUCUUGCUCACGACAUUUGUGCAAGUGCUCCCUUCAUCUUGGGAGCCUCAAACUCGUCCGUGUACUCGUCCCGGCUCCCAAGAGCUGCGGCAGGGGCAUCUCUGCUAUGGCCUUUCUACCUUGUUGCAACGAUGGAUCAAUGUCUUACCGGAAUACGUGCUUGGAUCAUUACCCGGCUUGCACUGAUUGGACGGCUCAUGGGCAUCAAACAAGCCGAGUCUUUGGCUAAUGUUUUAAGAACCAAACGAGAGAUCACGGCGUGGGAUAAAUUCGAGACAGCGCGCGCAGACGAGGUGCUUGAUGAAUGGUGA